AUGAUCCGCGAGGCGCACGCGCAGCGCGCGGGAGGCGGCGACGGCGGCAAGCUCAGCGUGGCUGUCGAGAGCAAGGGGAGCGAGCAGGGAGCGCCGGCAGCAGAGGCAUCGGUCGACCUCGUGACGGCCACCGACAAGGCGUGCGAGGAGCUCAUCAUCGGCACGAUCCGCGAGCGCUUCCCCAAACACUGCUUCAUCGGUGAGGAGUCGACCUUCGCCGGCGGAGGCGCCGCCGAUGCGCCGCUCGAGCUUGGCGAGCAGCCGACGUGGAUUAUUGAUCCCCUCGACGGGACGACCAACUUUGUGCAUGGCUACUGGCCCGUCACAGUGUCGAUAGGGCUCGCCGUCCGAGGCGAACUCGUGCUCGGUGUCAUCUUCAACCCUCUGCUCGAUGAGAUGUGCGUGGCGACAAAGGAUGGCGGCGCAACGCUCAACGGCCGCCCCAUACGAGUCGGCGGCGCGGCGGGUGUCGGCGAGGCGCUCGUCGUCAACAACCUGGGAGCGUCGCGCAACCCGGCGAUGAACACGCUCGCCACGGCCCGGAUCGGCGCGCUUCUGCAAGCCAGCCUGCGCGGGCUGCGCAACUCUGGGUCCGCGGCGCAAAACAUGAUCGACGUCGCCGCGGGCCGGCUGGACGCCUACUUUGAGGACGGGUUUGGAGGCCCGUGGGACGUGGCGGCGGGCUAUGUCAUCGUGCACGAGGCGGGCGGCGUCUUCCGAGACCACCUCGGCGGCCCUUUCACGCUGCGUGCAGGCAAGGGGCAGGUGCUGUGUGGCAACGCGGCGGUGGUGGAGGACAUUGCGCGCGUGUUGCGGAGCGUCGAGCCGGGAGGGGGGCAGGCUCGGGGCUAG